AAGACUCUGGAGCCAGAGCUGGGUGCCCUGCAAGCCCGGCUGGACCGGCUACUUCGUCGUCUACAGCUCUUGACAUCUCGCCUGGCUUUGCCUCAGGCAACCCCAGACCAACCCUCCGUCCCCUUGGGCCCUCCUACCUCAGCCUGGGGAAGCAUCCGGGCUGCUCAUGCCAUCUUGGGAGGGUUGCACCUGACCCUGGACGGGGCUGUUCGAGGUCUGCUGUUGUUAAAGACUCGGCUGUGACUCAGGACUGAAAGCCACCACCGACAUCGUCUUUUAAAAGCCACAUGUUAUUUAUUUAUUUAUUUUGGUACUUGGGUAGGGGGCAAGAUGAUCAGGGGCAUGCC